AUGGAUUCAUCAAGUCUGUAUUGUCCAUGUUCGACAAUAACUAUUUCCUACGAUCGAUUGAUUUCAAUAUCACCCGUGUAUCAUCAAAUAUGUUCAGGUCAAUUUGUUACCAUUCCAUGGUUUUCGGCAACUUGGGGUGAUGUUUUAUCGGGAUAUAUAUAUCCAUCUAAUGAUUUUCGUUUGGCAAGUCAACCACAAUUUGUACUAAUUAACACAUUAUGUCAAAUGUCUAUUCAGACUGUAAAUGAUAAUUGGCAAUUAUUUGUUGAAAGACAAUUUGUAACUAGUAAUGCACUUUCUCCACAACUCUUUCAAACUGAAGCCAAUUCUUUAUUACAUCAAUUUCAAACACAAACACAAGUUAUUGUUUUUCAAGCCCUACAGUUAAUUCGAACAAUAACACAUGUCGAUCGUUUGAUAGCUGUUUUACGUGUCAAUUCGAACACCAUCAAAUUAUGGAAUCCAUCACAGAAUAAUUAUGAACAACUACAAAUUCAAUAUUCUGAUACACUUCAAUAUCCUUGUUCACAAAUCGGUAUUACAUAUGGUUCAUUUAUUUCGAUUAAACCCAUUUUUCAUCAAGUAUGUUCAAGUUCGUUUACAUCGGAUGAAUGGCUCAUUGGUUUCAUGGGUAAUAUUACCGCAUAUGAUCCACAUGAUUAUCGAUCCGUUGCUCUUUCUCACUCUCAAUUUCUUCGGUCACUUUGUUCAACUGCAUAUUCAACCUGUAUGACAGCUGUUUCAACAUUCAAUGAUAAUAUCUUCGUCAGUGCUUAUGUUGUACCCAUCAAACAAAUUUAUCUGGAAGUUUCAUCGAUUAUCCAACAAUUUCAGUUAUUGAUCCCGAAAACGUUUCUACAUACACUUGAACUAAUUCGAUAUUUAAAUCAUGGGAAUGGAAUUCAAUCAGUACUUCAAACAAAUUGGCGUUUUAUCAUUACUAAUGACUCAUAA